CUCACCGGAGCGAUUUGCAUAGCGAGCGUGCCCUGUCGCUGACUUCAGUCGUAUGGACUAAAUAGCUACCGUCCAUCCGCACGUCGUUCCUUUGAACACACCACCGUCUGUGGUUCCACUUUGGUUUGGUGUCUGUCGGUUGUCCUCAUGCCGUCACUCGUUUGAACUGCGAGAACGGAACUCGUCAUAACCGAUGUCGUGAGGACUGCGUGCGUUCGACUGAAAACAUGAGUCUACGAGAAAUCAGUGAAAACGUGAAGCUGGCCCGCGAGUAUGCUUUGCUGGGAAACUAUAACUCGGCCAGUGUCCUAUAUCAUGGGCUGCUGGAACAGAUCAAAAAAUGUGUGUACACAGUGCGAGACAGCAGUUUUCAACAGAGAUGGCAGCAGUUGUGGCAAGAAAUAUGUGAAGAGAACCAACAAGUUCAGGAUAUAAUGUCGACUCUGGAGAACUUUCAGCUGGACACUACCCCUGCUAAACCCCGUAACCAUGAUGAUUGUGAAAUCAGGCCUGUACAUGUGGAGCAGAGACAUUCUCCUUGUCCUGUCAGGAGGCCUGCAAACCCUUACAGAGAGAGCAAACCUCCUAACAACCGCCUGAGCGUGGCUGUGAGGGCGCAGCAGAGGCACUCACCCCGUGGGGCCAAUGGGGACAGAAGCAAACCCUCCAAAGGCAAAGAUAAGAAGGAGGCAAAGGAGGCCACUGGUAAAACAAAGGAGGAUAAGAACAAAGCAGAAGUCCAGGAGAAAGAAUCAAAAAAGUUUGAUGGGACAGGAUACGACAAAGACCUGGUGGAAGCUUUGGAGAGAGAUAUAAUAUCUCAGAAUCCAAACGUUAAAUGGGACGACAUUGCCGACUUGGAAGAUGCAAAAAAGCUCCUAAAAGAAGCGGUUGUAUUGCCGAUGUGGAUGCCAGCAUUUUUCAAAGGCAUACGAAGACCAUGGAAGGGAGUGCUUAUGGUCGGGCCUCCAGGCACAGGGAAAACACUUUUGGCCAAAGCAGUAGCCACCGAAUGCAGAACCACGUUUUUCAACGUUUCCUCAUCUACUCUCACAUCGAAGUACAGAGGCGAGUCUGAGAAGCUUGUUCGCCUGCUUUUUGAAAUGGCACGUUUCUACGCUCCCACUACAAUCUUCAUCGAUGAGAUUGACUCAAUGUGCAGCCGCAGAGGGACUUCAGAGGAACACGAGGCCAGCCGGAGAGUCAAGGCAGAGCUACUGGUGCAGAUGGAUGGUGUCGGCGGAGCAUCAGAAAAUGACGACCCUUCAAAGAUGGUGAUGGUCCUGGCUGCCACCAACUUCCCUUGGGACAUCGAUGAAGCUCUGAGGAGACGGCUUGAGAAGAGGAUCUACAUCCCUCUGCCUUCAACAAUGGGGCGAGUGGAACUGCUCAGGAUCAACCUGAAGGAACUGGAGCUAGCCAGUGAUGUGGAUUUGGACAAGAUCGCAGAGCAGAUGGAAGGUUACUCGGGAGCCGAUAUCACCAAUGUGUGCAGGGAUGCCUCUCUGAUGGCCAUGAGGCGAAGAAUUGAGGGCCUCACACCAGAAGAAAUCCGCAACAUUUCCCGGGACGAGAUGCACAUGCCCACCACAAUGGAGGACUUUGAGUCGGCUCUGAGGAAAGUGUCUAAAUCUGUGUCUGCAGUUGACCUGGAGAAGUAUGAAAAGUGGAUUGAGGAGUUUGGGUCCUGCUGAAAAAGAACAAAGACAUCCAAGUUGCGUGUGUCUGAAUGUGUUAAUAGUUUGAGGCUGUGUAAUUUGGGUAAAACUGUUUUAGCAAGGCUGAGUCAGCUGGGUGAUAUGGAAGGUGUAUUUCUUUAGGCUACACAGUUAUCCUGAGCAACUGAUGACUGAAAGUAAGCUUUCAUCAGAUUUUUCUUAUUUAAUAAUAAAUGUUUUGGACUCACAUUGCAAAAUGUUUUCAUGAUCUUGAAUUCAUCAAACAUGCUCUAUAUUCAGUUUAAGAAAAAUGUAAUUUAGUUGUUACAAAACUGACUAAAAGUCACUGACACAAUUCCUGCAGCACACAUUUCCACAUAUGUGCUGUUACAUUGCCUUUCUAAUUGUCAUUAGGUUUCCUUUGUACCAUUGUAUCUGACAAAGAUUAGUACUGCCUUAUCAAUUGUUAUCCCUGUUUUGAUUUUCUUUUCAUUUUUUUAAUGCACUUCAUUUGAAAUUGUGGACCUGUCUUGUUCUCACUUAUUUUCCCCCAGAGAUUUUUUUAUAAACACAACACUAACAAGAUAUUUCUAUAAAUAAAGUUAACCAUGUUUAUGGAUCUAAACUUA